GUCGGCGGCAUGUUUGACACGGUGCAGAGGAGCACCCAGUGGACCACGGACUGGGCACUUCUACUCCUCCAGAUAAUCACCUCGGGAACAGUUGAUAUGCAGAGCAACAGCGAGCUGUUCACCACCGUGCUGGAUAUGCUGGGCGUCCUCAUCAACGGGACGCUCGCCUCGGACCUGUCGAACGCUUCCCAAGGAGGGCCCGAGGAAAACAAAAGGGCUUACAUGAAUUUAGUGAAAAAAUUAAAAAAAGAGCUGGGAGACAAGCGCUCGGAAAGCAUCGACAAGGUUCGACAGCUGCUCCCUUUGCCCAAGCAGACGUGUGAUAUUAUCACCUGCGAGCCCAUGGGAUCCUUGAUCGACACCAAGGGGAACAAAAUCGCAGGGUUUGACUCCAUUGAUAAGAAGCAGGGUCUUCAGGUUUCAACCAAACAAAAGGUGUCCCCUUGGGAUUUAUUUGAAGGUCACAAAAAUCCUGCUCCUCUCUCCUGGGCAUGGUUCGGUACAGUCCGUGUCGACAGGAAAGUGAUCAGAUACGAGGAGCAGCAGCACCUCCUCCUCUACCACACGCACACCAAACCCAAGCCGCGGAGCUACUACCUCGAGCCCUUGCCCCUUCCUCCAGAGGAGGAGGAGGAAGAGCCCACCACACCUGUGUCUCAGGAACCAGAAAGGAAGCCAGGAGAGCUCUCAGAUCAGGGAAAACAUGCCACGGAUGAUGAGAAGAAGACAAAGGGCAGGAAGCGAAAGUCCAAGUCAAGCUCAAGGGCUGAUGAAUAUCCACAGAACAACCUGUACAGAGUGCCUCCCGCCUACUCGCCCCUCUCCUCCCAGCUGAUGCCCCAUCCCCAGGCUGCACUGUGGGGCUACGGCGUCGUGGGGCAACCGCAGCAGCCCGGCUUCUUCCUGCAGAGCCAGCCCCUCGCGCCAGGUGGCUCCAGGCUGGAUCCCACAGGCUCCUUUGUUCCCGCGAACACGAAGCAGGCGCUGUCGAACAUGCUGCAGCGGCGCUGCGGCUCGGUGGUGCAGCCCCCCUCGCUCCACGCGAUCCCGCCCCAGCAGCAGCUGCUGCAGAUGAAGCUCCUGCAGCACGAGCAGCAGCAGCAGCGGCUCCUCAGGCAGCAAGCGCAGUCACGGUCCCUCCAACAG